AUGCGCCGUCUAAAGAAAAACCUCGUUCGCCCUUUCCGAAGAAUCCUUGUUCGACUUGAGGAUAAACUAGAGCAAAAGGCAUCAUACUCAUCAAAUCGAUCUUCAGGCUGGUGGAUAGCAGCACAGCAACUUCGGAAGCGACAAAGCAUCAUUCUUGAUGGGGUUAAUCCGGCUGUUAACCUGUGGACCCACGAAACUAUCGAACUCGAUACUCGCCAUCGUGAAAUUGUCCAGAGAGAGACUUACAUUAUAGAAAAAAUUCGUCAAGCUAGACAACCUGCAGAGAAGGUCGACAAUAUGCAUCAGCAACAACGAGAGAACCAGCAAGUUCUCAAUGAAUGGUUCAAGGAACUAGAGACUCUGAACCAAGAUUAUUGGGCUGUGGAAAGACGCAUUUAUAUUCACAAUAAUUGUUGUCCUUCUGCUCCCUUCAAACGGGCAAGAAGCCACAGUGGUAUCUUUCUCCUUGGCUAUGCGAAGACUGUGCAAAUCGUGGAGGUUGCUGUGGCCGAGCUUGUGGAUGCUGUCAAAAACCUCGCAGUGACUUCCGCUCCGCUGGUCAUGGCCAUUGUACCAAGUUUUGCGACUGCUGCGUUCGGGCUCGUGGUUUUGAGCUGA